AUGUUCACGGCUCCCAAAGAGUUCAAAGACUUCCACCGCUUGGGAAAGGCUCCUAUAGUGACGAUCACAAAGGACAAUGGCGAAGUGAUCACCCUUGCUGAGUCGGGCCAUGUUUGCUCUUAUUUUCUUAGACAUUACGAUACCAACAAAAAAUUGCUUCCCAAUGUCAAAAAUGCUGAAGAAAAGGUCGACUAUUUCCUCCACUACUUGGAAGGCACUCUCAUGACAUCUGUAAUUGGACUUGUCGUCACUUUUUCUACCACAAGAAGACACAAGCAUCUUCGCGACGAUUUUCAGAACAUGAUUGGUACCUAUUUUUUACCCGAAUUACGCAACAACCUCCUGUAUUUGACUGAACAACUAAAAAAAUCAUCCGGACCAUACUUCUUGGGAGACAAGUUGUCUGUCGUAGAUAUUUACUUAUCGUAUCCAUUUUCAGGGUUGAUUGGACCUACAUACGGCUUAUUCACCGGCAGCGAAAAGAAGCUUGAAGACGAUUAUCCAGAGUUGGCAAAAUGGAUGGAAACACUCAAGAAUGAGCCAGGAAGAAUCAAGGCAUAUUCCAAUAUCGAUCUGAAUAUCGUUCUGAAGCUUUAA